AUGGCCAACCAGAACGGCCUCGGUGCACAAAAUGCAGCGCUGUAUAGCGGCAUGAACGGGUCUAUCAUGCCCUCGGCAGGACAUUACAGCGAUAUGCAAACACUCAUGCAGAACAUGGAAUCUCUCAGCGGUUGGCUCGAGCAGAACAGACAGGAAUGGGCUCAGGUUCAGGACGGAAUAGCAAGAGUUGAACGUUUGCAAGUAGGACACUCUUCCCACUCUUAAUGAGUCUGGCACUCUGGGUAUCGGACAAUCACUCACUGCAUUGAACUUCUAGGGUAGACUAGCGCAGCAAGGCCAGCUACCGCUGUUGAACGGGGACACUCAGCGUAUGUUUUGAGAUUCAUUUGUGCAUCUCAAUCAUGAUUGAGAUUGUUGGCAGCUAUGGCGUGCACUGAUCUGACACGACACAGCGAUCGAAGAGCCGAAUCAACCCACGGUGUCCCAGCUGCAGACCGCUCUAGCGAAUGCCAACGCCCGAAUCGCGUCCUUUGAAUGCACCUAUCAAGAGCAGAUCCGACUUCAGCAACUGUACGAGGAAACGCUCUCAGAGACCACCGAUCGAAUACGACAGUAUUGUUUCGAGCAGCAGAACCACAUAAUCGCCCUGCACCAGCACUACACACAGAUGCUUACACAGGCACGCAGUGAGACGAUAGAAGCACAGCUUACGCACCAGGCAUGGCAGGCCGGCUUGAAACGGGUCAGCGAAGGAGUGAGAAUGGCAUUGAAGUCAAGAGAGGAGGAAGGUAUGCCCUACAAGAGACGCAUUGCGGCGUUGAAGGAAGAGAAUCGAGUGCUGAGAAUGAAAGCGGGAUGGGGUCCGCCGGUGGACAGUGACGAAGAAGACGGAGAGGCGGAAGAGGGCGGAGGCCAUGAGGCGGACAGAGCAAGAUUGAGCAGUCAGAGCGGUCAGGCUGCUGGUGGCGGACAGACUUGA